UUGAGAACUAAUAUGACGAUGCACCCAAACAAAAUAGAAGUGGCGUACAAAUUUCAGUUCAAGGGAGGAACAUGCAGCUUGCUAUGUCCAUAGUCCGCCCAACUCCGUUAGCCUUCCCUCAUCCUCCGGCGACUAUUCUCCGGCAUACAACUUUUCGAGUUUCAUGUUCCUCCUCCACUCCGUCGCAACCUCUGCGAGCAGAUGCAAGAGAUUCUGCGCAGAGAACUUCAUAUAAGCCCGGUCCGCUAGAUAAUCUCUUCCUUCAUUUGUUCCGUAGAAAAAUGGCCCGGGAGUCUGGAUGGGAUUCAGAAAAGCCUGGAUAUGAUGGAUUAAUUGAAGUUGCAAAUCGUCUUAUGAUUGGUCGAACCAAUUCUGAAACAAGAGAAAUUGCAGUGCAGAUAUUAGCAUCUCUGUUUCCUGCAUGGUUGUUGGAUCUCUACAGAAGGCUUAUUGCACCGGUAGGAGGAGGUAAAAUUGCUGCGGUGAUGGUAGCAAGGGUGACUGCAUUAUCUUGCCAAUGGCUCAUGGGUCCAUGUAAAGUCAACUCAGUGGAUCUUCCCGAUGGAUCAUCAUGGAUGAGUGGAGUGCUGGUGGAAAAAUGCAAGUAUUUAGAAGAGAGCAAAUGUGUGGGAAUAUGUGUUAAUACUUGCAAGCUCCCCACGCAGGCUUUCUUCAAGGAUUGUAUGGGUGUGCCUUUGGUUAUGGAGCCAAAGUUCAGCGACUAUAGCUGUCAGUUCAAGUUUGGGAUCUUGCCUCCUGAAGCAGAGGAUGAUGAAGCAUUAAAACAAACUUGUCUGGAGAUAUGCCCAAACGCAUCCCUGAUACGAAAGGAGCCUGCCCGGCAGAAGGCUAACACAGAUGCUGAUGCAUUCAAGUGCCCCAAGGCAUAAUAGGCCCACUAGGCUGUAUGUUAUAUUUCUAUUUUAGUCUCUGUCAAGUGUUUAUGCAAUACUAAAUUUAUGUAGGUUCAAAUAUUUGUACUUUCAAUGUUCAAGAUCAAACACGCUCCAUCCCACAACAUUUCUAUGAUAUUAAGAUAUUGUGUUGUGAUAUUAUGAUAUUAUGUUGAUAAUA